AUGGGAAACAAUUGUGUUCAAGCAAAAGGUGCACAAGCACUUGCCGGAGGAAUAUGCAAUCCAGAAUGGUGGUCAAAUUCAACAGUUGGCAUGCUGAAACCAACCAAGACACACAAGAACAUUGAAGCUGACAGUGUUGUUAAUUCUGGAAAGGUUCCUGGUAAGCCUCCCAAGCAAAUGAAGAUGGAGAAGAAGCCAUGCGAGAAGAAAGAAGAGGAGAAACAUAUGGCAGUAGAUCCCGAGAAGGCUCCAAAGUCGCUCGAAGAGAAGAACGCAGAAGCCAAGCUGUCUCCUGAAGAACCACAAAAUAAGGUUGUUAGAGAAAAGAGUCAUUCCCCACCACACAAGCCCAAGAAGGAGCCCAAUCCCAAUCAGGUUCUACAGAAAUUUGCUAUAUCACCACCAUUGCAGGAUCAAGCUAAGGUGGCAAUCCAGCAGUCACAACCUCCACCGGACUUGGCUGAUGUAACAAUGGUCAGGCCACCACUUCAGCCACUGCAAACUCAGGCUCCUCAAGCUCUGGUGGCAAUUCAGUCACAGUCAAAGAAGCAGCAUCCGAAGUCAAAAACUGUUGAAGCCAAGAAUCCAGGUGGGGAAGUUGUUCCUCCUACUGCUGGUGGAGGAAAGCCUGCAAAUAAAGCUCACAAUGUUAAGAGAAUGGCAAGUGCAGGGCUUCAAACUGAUUCGGUGUUGAAAACCAAGACGGGGCACUUGAAGGAGUACUUCAACUUGGGAAGGAAGCUUGGCCAUGGUCAAUUUGGGACCACUUUCUUGUGUGUGGAGAAGGGAACCAAGAAGCACUAUGCUUGCAAAUCCAUUGCAAAGAGGAAGUUGUUAACCAUGGAUGACGUGGAGGAUGUGAGGAGAGAGAUCGAGAUCAUGCAUCAUUUGUCUGGCCACCCUAACAUCAUACGAAUCAAGUCGGCUUAUGAAGAUUCUGUAGCGGUUCAUGUGGUGAUGGAGCUUUGUUCCGGUGGUGAGUUGUUCGAUAGAAUCAUUAAGAGAGGGCAUUAUACAGAAAGGAAAGCUGCAGAGAUCACUAGGACUAUAUUUGGUGUGAUACAGACUUGUCAUUCACUUGGUGUCAUGCAUAGGGAUCUCAAGCCUGAGAAUUUCCUGUUGAUUGAUGAGAAUGAAGAGUCUCCUCUCAAGGCUAUCGAUUUCGGACUAUCUGUCUUCUUCAAACCCGGGCAGGUUUUCAAUGACGUGGUUGGAAGCCCUUACUAUGUUGCACCAGAAGUUUUGAGGAAAAGGUAUGGUCCUGAAGCUGAUGUUUGGAGCGCUGGAGUUAUGGUCUACAUUCUCUUGAGUGGGGUGCCUCCAUUUUGGGCAGAAACUGAGGAUGAGAUUUUCCAGGAGGUUUUGCAUGGGGAGUUAGACUUCACCGCAUAUCCGUGGCCUCAUAUUUCAGAUAGUGCGAAAGAGAUAGUGAAAAAAAUGCUUGUUAGGGAUCCAAAGAAGAGGAUAAGCACCCACGAAGUUCUUUGCCACCCGUGGGUGAGAGAAGAUGGAGUGGCGCCGGACAAGCCUCUUGAUCCAGCUGUGUUGUCACGUUUGAAGCAGUUCUCUGCUAUGAACAAGCUAAAGAAAAUGGCUCUCAGAGUAAUUGCAGAGAAGUUGUCUGAAGAAGAGAUUGCAGGAUUGAGGGAGAUGUUUAAGAUGAUCGACACAGAUAACAGUGAUUCCAUUACCUUUGAGGAACUCAAAGUUGGACUCAAAAAGUUUGGCGCAAACAUUGACGAGUCUGAAAUCUAUGACCUUAUGCAGGCGGCUGAUAUUGACAAUAGUGGAACAAUCGAUUAUGCGGAAUUCGUAGCUGCAACACUGCAUCUGAAUAAAGUUGAGAGGGAAGACCAUCUGUUUGCGGCCUUUUCGUACUUUGACAAGGAUGGGAGUGGCUACAUAACUAUUGAUGAGCUCCAGCAAGCAUGCAAUGAGUUUGGCAUGGAGGAUGUCUGUUUGGAAGAGAUGAUUCGAGAAGUAGAUCAGGAUAAUGAUGGUCGCAUAGAUUACAAUGAGUUUGUGGCAAUGAUGCAAGUGGGCAAUGCUGAGAUCGGUAAGAAGGAGGUGCAAGGUAAAAAUGUAGGGAUUUCAUUUAGGGAGGCAGUGCCAGUUUGCUGAGAGAUGAAGUUUGUUUGUUAUUUUAGUCAAGCUUCUUCUAAUCUACUGAUUCGUUCCUUUUUUUUUCAUUUAUAUCUCAUAUUGGGG